UUUCUUGAAUCGACCUUCACCUCCAUCGUUAUGUCUGUAUUUAUAUAUCUACUCUUUCUUUUUAUGUGAAAUGAUCAUGACAUGCAAGAAGGUUUUCUUUUUAUUUUUUAUUUUUUUAUGGGAUUAGGGUUAUUACUAGUUGACGUGAAGUAUAAUCAAAAUGAUAUUCGAGUAAUGUUUUAGUUUCGGGGAAUAAUUUUUAAGGUUCAUUUUGGUGAGAACUGAAAGUGGAAGAACUUUCGCACUGUUUGCUCUGGUGAGGAAAGGUCUACAGUUCUUGUACUGUAACACAAUAUGGAUGUGAAAAAGAAAACAAAAAGGAAAAAAAAAAUGAGAAAAAAAGUGGACACGUUCUUGUAGUAUCUAAGCGAUGAAGCUGAAGCUCCUUCAGUGGAUUGCUUCCAGUUGUGUUUAGUUUCCUUUCUUCUAGAUUUAUGUGAUCUUUUUGACUGAUCAUUAUGCUUUUCUUUUUAUUUGUAUGAUCUAUGUCAGCACCGUGUCCCUUGCUGUGUGGGUGUUUUAGAAGAAUAAUCUUAUCUUCCAAUAAGGUGGCAUAUAGAGCAAUGCGUGAUGAUUUAAUGUGAUUGUAUUGCAGGAAGUAGAUAGAAUGUCAUGACAUUUAAUUAGGUUUUUAAUGAGGUUACUGAUUAAGUGAUUGGAGUCAAGGUUGGCAAAUUAAGGCUUGAGUGCGAGUAGCUUCCUUGGAUUGGAUGGAAACAAAAAGUUUUCAGCCUGAAACACAUGUAGCACAGCGAAGCCGGAGAGAUAAGUUGAGAUUUCAGCAAAGUUUAGCUUCAGUCCAGCAUCUAGAGGACUUCGGUAAUGAUUUGGAUCAGUUGGCAGUUGAUCCGUUGCUAACCCCAGAUCUUGUCCAGGUUCGACAUUCUAGGAACGGAAACAUGCUGUAUGACCCUACUUUUCUCUCCUCUGCAAUGCUGGAUUUUGCAACAAGUUCUAAUGUUUUGUCAGCUCAAAGGGGUGGAAUGGUUGAUCAAGAACUAGGUCCAGCGCACCUCCAUAGCCCCAUUGCAGCUGAGGAUUCUUCGUUCACCAACAUGCCUCACCCAGUUUUGUCAAAUUUAAACGCUUCACCUACAGCCAGUAAUGGUGAUGCUCAGGGAUGUGGCAACUGGACAAAGCUAGGUUCAGAGCAAGGUUAUGAUUUGACUGUUGAUUACACAGGUGGGUCAGUUGUUGGGGAGAGGAAUCAGAAACUGAUGUCUGCUGUGGAAGUCCUGUCAAAUAAUGCAAGGGUAACCGACAUUUCUACGUAUACACAAUAUUUCAAGCCUAGUUACAAUGAAUACCGAGAUUUUGAGCUUCAAUCUUCUCUAGCCGACCCCUCAGAUGAGUUUUCUAGUCAAGAUAACCAAAAGCAGCUCAGGGAAAGGCAGUUUACCACUCAUCCACUUAACCAAAAUACACUGCAAGAUGUUGUUACAUCAGGAUUGGUUGGGAGAACUAGAGAAAUUAUUCUCCAUCCAUCAUUUGAAAAUCAAUCAUCCACUUUACAUUUUAAUGACCCCAAUGCUUGGAUAAGAAGGCCGAAUGAGAACUCUCAUCAGUGGAGUUGUGAGUUGGGUCUUAUUACAAGGAAGAGUUCCCAAGAGCUGAGGACUAUUCCAAACGAUGCUAACACUCAAGGCUUAUCUUUGUCUCUUUCGUCAAAUCAGUCAUCUAAAGUCAAUGAAACUCGGUUUGGAGAAGCAUAUGAAUCUGAGUGUUUGCAAUCAAAGAAUGGUCUUUCCAAAGAACCUCAUCAUGUUUCAAAAGUUUCCAAGGCAAGUUAUAUGUGUCCAUUGCCAAGGCCAUCAAUUCUAAGUAAAGGUUGCGGAAAAUCAUUACAUGACUUACCAGGAGAUGCUACAAAUAUUCUUCGAAAUGCUGGUCCUCUUGGACCUUUCACUGGAUAUGCAACUAUUCUAAGUAGCUCUAGAUUCUUAAAGCCAGCUCAAGAGCUAAUGGACGAAUUCUGUGGUGUUAAGGGUCUGGGGCUCAUAAGAACAUCUGAGUUGCCCAAGAGGAUAGGUGGAGAAGCUAGUCCUCCAGCUUUGGGAGACUCUGUUAAUGAAGCUGAUACAGGGGACGAAGCUAAUGAUGACAAUAAUUUAGGUGCCUCACCCUUUACUUCUCGUAGAUCAAAUGAAGAAAUUGGUCAAUGUGGCGUAGGAAACAGUUCUUCAAAACCUUAUAUGCCAGAGUACCAACAAAUGAAGGCAAAGCUCCUAUAUUUGCAGGAUGAGGUUUUCAGAAGGUACAAGCAAUAUCAUCAGCAGAUGGAAAUGGUUGCUUCAUUUUUUGAAUCAGUUGCUGGUCUUAGUGCUGCCACCCAGUACAUUUCCAUGGCUGUUAAGGCAGUCUCAGGGAAUUUUAGGUCCAUGAAACAUGCCAUCUCUGAUCAGCUCAAGCAUGUCACAAAAGCCCUAGGAGAGAAUCUGUUCUCCCCAAAUACAUAUGGAAGCAGAACCGCGGGGAGCUUAAGAUACAAGGAUCAAAGCUUUCAAAAGAACAACUCUGGUGGGACAAACGUGGGUUACCUUGAGCCCCAAGAACACAUCUGGAGGCCUCAAAGAGGCCUACCAGAACGUGCAGUAGUGGUUCUCAGAGCUUGGCUGUUUGAGCAUUUUCUUCACCCAUACCCUACUGACACAGAUAAGCACAUGCUAGCCACUCAAACAGGUCUAUCUCGAUACCAGGUGUCAAAUUGGUUCAUAAAUGCCCGGGUGCGCCUUUGGAAACCAAUGGUUGAAGAAAUACACACUCUUGAAACCAAAGGUUUGCUGGAAAACAAUCGAAGUUCCGGGAAGAAUGGUGGGAAUUCUGCUGAGGGUGCCAGCCAGCCAGAUGGUGAUCACCGAGCCUCCAAAGAGCUAGGUACAAGUUACAUGCCUAGUAAACAAUUGGAAUGCUCUAGUAAUAUUGGCUCCUCAGGGGGCAGUAGAGAUCAACUAGAUGCAGAGCAGUGGAAUCAAGAGAAGAGAUCGAGAGUGGAAUCUCAGGCUCCGAUACGUGCAGAUAGAUCGUUGAUGAAUUUUAUGCUCUAUCAAAAACCUGGGAGUGAAAAUGGGGGCCUUGGCGCAGUUUCACUUACAUUGGGUCUCAGACAUGGUGCUGAAAAUGCUCAACAUGAACAAUUGCAACACAGUGAGAAUCAGCUUAGACGGCAUUACUGGAGGCCAGACGAUUCAUGAUUUUGUGGGCUGAUUAAAGUGUCUUCUGAUUAGUGGGAGUAGAAAGAAAAUAGGUGGUGAGAGGAAGCUUGUUUUGCCACCUUGUGUCCUGCUCUGGCAAGGAAAAUUACAGUUUAAUAUCUGUUGAAGAUUACAGUUUUUUCAAUACAUGGUGGCGGGUUUUUUGCCAUUUUGCCAUCAAACAAUACAUAGCUUGAAUAAAUGUUUAGUUUGGUUUUA